AAAAGCAAUUGAAAUGUUUAAAGAUGUGAAUAAUCCAGAUAGAGUUCUUCGUGGUCUUUUGUUUAACAGUUGUGCUCAAGUUCGAACAGCAGAAGCAUUAGAUGUUGGUAAACACGUGUGGUUUUCCAUGUCAGAAAUUGAACGAAAAAAUGAGUAUGUUACCGUCGGUGCCUUCGACAUGUUUGUGAAAUGUGGUGAUAUCUCCAAUGCUGAACGAUUAUUCAAUCGAAUGACACGGAUUGUGAUUACCUAUGGACAAAUGAUGAAGUGUUAUAAUGAUCAUCGCAUGCCUCUGAAAACUCUCAAUCUGUAUGAUAAGAUGAAGAAGGAAAAUAUCGCAGUCAAUUCAGUCAUUUUUGUUCUUGUAAUCGAUGCAUGUGCUGAAUAUGGACUUGAAUCACGCUGUCGAUUGAUCGCAAGCCAAAUUCCGUCUUCUAUGUUGCUUGAACCGGAACUUCGAACUACUUUAAUUCAUAUGUGGGGCAAGGCGGCACGCGUGAAGGAAGCAAGGGAGAUCUUUAUAAGCCUGAAUUCACCUAAUGCCGCUGCAUACACUGCUAUGAUUAAUGCAUAUGGGUUGAAUGGAAUGGGUUAUGAGGCAAUUCAGCUCUAUCAUCAAAUGCCAGUGGAAAUCCGAAAUGAAAAAACACAUGUCUGUGUACUGAACGCCUGCUCACAUUCAGGUCUUGUUAAUGAAUGUCGUUCAAUUUUUGCAACGAUUCCAAACAAAAACCAAUUCAUUUAUACAACAAUGGUCGAUUGUUUGAGUCGAUCAUUCUUCUUUGAUGAAGCGAAACAGUUGAUCGAAGAGUUUGAGCGUCAUCAGUCGCCUGAUGUAACCAUGUACAAGGCCAUACUGUCAGGUGCUCGUAAUCGAAAGGAUGUUUCUCUUGCGCGAGAAAUAACUCAACGGAUAAAACAACUGGGUCAUACUGUCGAUGACGAUUUCAUAUCGGCCUCAGUACUUUUCGGUAACACUUUGGCAUCAUCAGGCGAAUUAGAAGAAGCAUCACAACUAAGACUAGAAAUGAGCCAAUCAGGUAUGAAGAAAAAAGCGGGUGUAUCUUGGACUGAAGUCAAUGGUGAAAUUGUGGAAUUUCGUGUCAAAGAUCGAAGACAUCCACGAACAGAUGAAAUCUAUGAUGAACUUGAUCGAAUCGAAAAGGAACUCACUGAACAUGGUCAUAAGUUCGAUGCCAGCUGGAUAACACGUGAAAUGAGGUCUAAUGAGACUGUCGCAUCUAUUCUCAACAGUCACAGUGAGAGAUUGGCACUUGCAUAUCAUUUCAUUCAGCGGCCAGUUCCAUCACGCAUUCAAAUUGUGAAGAAUCUCCGCAUUUGUGGUGAUUGUCAUGGGGCAAUCAAGUUGAUCAGUCGAAUUCGUCAAUGUGAAAUUAUUAUUCGUGAUGCGAACCGUAUUCAUCUUUUUUCAGAUGGGAAAUGUUCAUGUAAUGAUCAUUUUUAA